AUGGAUAACAAUGAAUUAAGUUCAACAGCACAACCAAACUAUCAUCUAUUUGGAAAGGUAGAAUUCAACGAUGAAGAGAAACAAAGAAUAACACGUGAAUUGGAUACAGCCCCAAGUCAACAAGAUCUACAGACAAGAGUUGCAUUUGGUAAAUCUAAAGUUGCCUAUAUGGAGGCAUGGAAGGUGAUAGAGAUUGCAAACAAAAUAUUUGGUUUCAAUGGUUGGUCUUCUCAACUUACUAAUAUGAAGACUGAUUUCACUGACGUAAUUGGUGGUAAUUAUAAAGUUGGAGCAACUGCAAUUCUAAGAGUUACACUAAAAGAUGGAACAUUUCAUGAGGAUUUUGGAUUUGGUAUUGCUAUAAAUGGUUGUAAAGGUUUGGCUAUUGAGAACGCUAGAAAGGGUGCUGUAUCUGAUGCUCGUAAAAGAGUAUUACGUAUCUUUGGAAGAGCUCUUGGUAAUCAAUUGUACCAACAAUCUUAUAAUCAACAAAUCGUUGCUAAUAAAGCAAAUCCACAAUUACCUCCUACCCUUGGAUCCAACAACAAUCAACCACCUGUAAAUAAUAAUCAACAACCUCAACAACAACAACAACAACAGCAACAGCAACCUCAACAAUAUGAAGAUGAUUUUGACUUUUAA